ACACUUCUAGAAGCUCCAACUGACAAACCGACCAACCGACAAACCGACAAACCGACCAACUGACCACAACAACAGCAGAGUGGUUUGUUUGUUGGUCAGUUGGUUGAAAGCAGACGUUGGGUGGAUGAUGGCUCCUCACAGCACUCUGGAGAGGAUCAGUUUGACCGUGCUGCCUGCUGCCGUCCAUCGGUUCGUCUUCAGCCGACCGGAAGGGUUUCAGGCGGCUCACCUGGUGUUCAGGGCGCUGUUUGGAGCAGUGAGCGGUGCAGUCCUGUUCCUGGGAGUCUCUCACAGCCUCCCGCUCACCUUCCACCUGAAGCUGUUAGCAGCAGCCGUCUUCAUCGCUGUUUGUGCGGUGGGCGGAGCUUUGUCCUCCUCCUGCAGGUGUUCGGUCCUCCUGAUGUUUCCCAGCAUGCUCGGCUCCCGCGGCCGAGCGUACCUGAUGCUGAUCAUCCUGUCGGUGCUGUACAGAGGUCCCGUCUCUAACGUCCAGCGUAAUGUGGAGAAAGCCGCUCUGACUCUGAGCUGUAAUCUGGAUCUGCAGGUUCAUCACAGCAAGUUGUUGUGGAGAGACGCCAUCAAGCCGUUCAUCCUCAUCACACAGGAGCUGAUGGACGAUGAAGCAGAGUUUCAGUCGGAGGCUCAGAGCGUCGGCAGCAACUUCCAGAAUAUCAGAGAUGAAGUCGUUCUUCAGUACGGAUACGACCGCUUCAACGCAAAACACAACGCCGCCGGCAACAGCACGCAGGACCAGUUCAACUACAAGACCAUGAUGCAGUGCGACAGUUUGGUGGAUGAGGGCGUGCAGCGAUGUGCCGAUUGGUUCGGCCGCAAGUGGGCGGAGUGUAUGGAGGCGAUCUCCGUCCCAGUCAUCAACCACAUCCUCUGCGUCUCCAUGAAGUUCCACUUCCUGUGUGACAUCAUGAGAGUGAUGACUCCGUGGUGCAGAGAGCAGAUCCCUGUGGAGGGGAACUUCGGCCAGCUGUUUGACCGUGUCAAUGAUUCAGUGGAUCUUCUGUCCAGAGAGUUCAGCACCAGGCUGGUCCUGCAGGAGCAUCAGCAGCAGGAGGUGCUGGACGGAGCUCCGCUGGACUUCACUGAGGCCGUCAGAGGAUCCUUCAUGAGGCUGAAGACCACCAUGGAGGAGGUGAUGAAGGUUUUGCAGCUGCUGCUCUCCUUCACCUUCAUCACCAUCUUCACCCAGGGGUUCGGUUACCUCCUUCAGUACAAGAGAGAUGUUCGAUUCGACAACGUCUACAUCUCCACCUACUUCAGGCAGAUUGAUGCCCGCAGGAGGAGAGCGGGUCGGCGCUGCCUGCUGCCUCUGAAACAGUCAGAGAAGAAGAAGUUCAUGGACCCCUGGAGUCUGAGGAUCCACCAUGAAGAGCUCAACCAAGUGACCCCAGGUGUGUUCCAGGUGCUGUCUGUCUCUCUGCUGUCUGUCCUCCUGCUGACUGUGGACUUCUCUCUGUUCCACGUUCUGGACAUCGUCAGCAGACACACCUUCACCCAGUUCAACCUGACCAGCAGUCACCAGGUGGACAUCAGAGUGGGCGGGGCCUCCAUGAUGGCCCGCCUCCUGAGGAAGACGGUGUCGGCCUUCAACAGCUCGUCCAGCUUCAGCAUCCAGACGGACAACCGGGUGUGUGUGUCCCCCCCCUCCCCCCUCCCCUCAGGUGUGUACAUCAGCUGUGUGUGUUGUGUCCUGUUGGUGGCGCUGCUCACCUGCUGUCAGGUUUACACCAACAGACUACGCAGAGUGAUCGCUGCCUUCUACCACCCACAGAGGGAGAAGAGGCGUGUCUUGUUUCUCUACAACCUGCAGAUCCAGAGACGUGUUUCCUCCUCAGACAGGAAACGCAUCAUCAGCAGCCGGAAGAGCAGAGCGGUGUCUCGGUGUCUUCACCGCCAACAGGAAGUGUCCGACUCAGAGACAUACUACGACCCUGCUUAGACCGGGACAGGAAGUUCCUUCUGCAGCCGGCACACUUUAAAGAAGGAGAAGAAGAAGAAGGCAUUCAAAUAAACCUUUAAAGUUACUUUACCUGUAAAGGAACUUUCAUGUAGUGUUGAUUCUGUCGCCCCCUGUGGACUAAAGUGGUACUGUCUCUGAGCACCAAAC